AUGAGCGCGAAAGCAGCCCUGUCGGCCUCACGGCGCGCGACCCCAAUCAACAUCCAGAUCGUCCGCCUUGGUGCUUCUUCUUCUGCUCGUCCCUCCUCCUCCUCCUCCUCCUCGUCAUCUUCAUCAACAGCAAACGGCCCACAAGAAUUUGGGCUCGCCCACUCCUUCACCAUGAACAUGCUCCCCAUGACCAAGAUCAGGGAGCUCUGCCUGCACGCUGCGGGCCAUGCCCGGCGAAACUUCGACGUCGUGCUGGACGGGUCGCGCUUCGAGGCGCGCGACAGGGACGGGCACGUCUUCCAGGGGCACGAGACCCUUUCCGAGGAGAUCCUGAGCGGGGAGACUAUCUACCUGGUAGAAGACGGGCUGGAUGCGCGGGGGGCGGCGAAGGUAGUCAGGGGCAGCAAAGGGGCAAGCGAGAAGCCCAAGAGCACCUCCAGGGAGAGGGGUCGGCUGCUGUGCCUGAAGAGCCUGGAAAUUGAGGGGGAGGAGGAAGAAAAGACGAAGACGCCUUACCGCACACCUUCGGUCUCGUCCAGGGCAUCGUCGUCGCGAAGUGACUCCAAGGGGAAGGCUGGGCAGCCUAGAUUGACAGCCUCCCAGAAGGCGUUGGCCAUCGCUCAGGGACGCACCCCAACACCUCAGGAGCCGGUUGUUGGAAGGACGCUGCCCACAAGUUCUGCCGUGAAGAAGAGCUUGCCGUCACCGGCCCUAGAAAAGGUGGGAGAAGCGCCUGAUGGAGAGGUGCGUGAUGGGGAAACUGAUGUGGGUGAGCCAGCCGAAACCGACGACUUGGACGCCAACUUGGGUGCUGCCUCACCACUUCGCAGCCCAUCCCCACCACCGCCGCCACCUCAACCACAAACACAACCAUACGCAAUCCCACCUAACCUCCAGGAUUCCCAACUUGUCAUCCCGGACUCACAGGACCCCUUCUCCCAAGGACUCUUUUCUCAGGAAUCUGUCGAAACUGAUCACCCUGCACCUACACUUCCAACGCCUGACACGUCUUGCACGCAGAAGGCUCAGUCGCGUCCUUUGCCACGCGUCCAGACUACCACUGCUCAACCAAAGUUGCAGAUGUCCAGACCAGAUCCAUACGACAUCAACACUGUGCUGUCAGACGAGGAGGACGAGCGUUCAGAUGAAAGCAACACCAAGACUGCCGCCAACAUCAAGAUGUCAUCCUCGGUCCGAAAGCUGGGCAGCGCGACCGCGCGGCGCCGAUCUGUCGUGCCACCGCCUGUGUCGCUCCCAUCUCCGCGUCGUCAUCAAUCGGGCGAGGCAUCACGGUCGCCUUCCAACAAAGGAUCAGUCCCCGCCGUCGGCAGCAAGACGUCGACCCCGACUAAGAAAGCAACACCAACCAAGGCAAACCCCUCAUCGCCAGCCGCACCGCUGCCGUCCUCACCUACCACCCACGUCGCAGCUGCCAUCGCCAAGGGAGGACAGCGCGCUGUCGGAAGGAACACGCAGCCCUCGCUGCCUAGCCCAGGCCAGAUCGUAUUUCGCGUCCAUGAUUCCGACUCCGAUGACGAUUUAAUCGAAGAGGCGUUUCGGGACCUGUCCGGCUCGAUUCCGACGCCCUCGCUGCCAUGGUCUGCACCUCCUCUGCGCGCGGCGCCAGACGCUGAAACGGGUGCUGAUGACCAGCCUCCUGCAAGCCGGAGCAUGGCUGAGGAUGAGGAAUAUGCAGCACUAGUGGAGGAUGAGGUUUCCAUUGUUAGCGUCUCCCCAAAGAAGCGCCUUCCGAAGAGCCCUGUGAAGAGCCCCUUCAAGAAGCCACUCGGACAAUCCCCAUCUCCAGGCAAGAAGUCGAGUCAGAAAAGUCCUACCAAGACACCCAUUAUUACAAGUCCUUCAAAGAGAGAAGAGGCCACCAUUGUUCACGACUCAUCCAGUGCAGAAGAAAGCGACAAUGAGGAAGACGUCCGGAUCGUGAAGAAAGAGCCGCCCAGCAGCGAGGAAAGCCUUUCAUCAAGAACAAAACUGGCAGAUAUCCCUCCUAUUGACGAAAAUCCUCAACACGUGGAGAAAAACCCACCGGAAGUCAUAGAGCUGUCGUCGGGCAGCGACUCGGAUAUCGAGCCUUCCGAGAGUAUGCUGGAGGACGACGAGGCCGAGCUACCAAGCAUCAACGUCGAGCCGCUCACGAAGGAACAGCUCCCACCCCUCCCCCGAUCCCCAGCGCAGGCCAACCGUUCGCCUGCGCGACACAGCCCUAAGAAAGAGCCUAUCAAGAUCGAGCCAGAUUACAAAGAGCCGCCGCCCUCCGCCCAGGCUAGCAAGCGCAAGCGCACCACCAGCGAAGAGCCCGACCCCGAGGAUGAGCAGCAUAAGAGAAAGAGACGGAAGAGGGCUGCUAGGAAGGCCAGUCAGAAGCGCAACCGCGGGCAGAGGGCUGCGAUGCUCCUGCAGGAGGAAAAGGAGAAGCAGCUUGCCGCACUGCAGGAGGAAAAGGAGAAGCAGCUUGCCGCACUGCAGGAGGCAAGGAAAAAGCAGGCGCUUGAAAGGGCCCACCGCCGUGCCCUGGAGCUCGAGAUGAUCGUGUCGUCGCCUAUCAAGCGGGAGUCGAGCAUUGACCUUGGUGAGGAGGCCGACGAUGACGACAGCGGCCUCGGAUCGAGUGCGUACGGCGACGACGCGGGUGCGGAUGCGGACCGCGCGGGGGUGCCGUUGGACGGAGACGAUAAGAACGACUCCUUGUCGAGCAAGGAGGCCGAAGGCCACCAUCCUUCGUGGCGCAAGCUGAGCAAGCUGCAUCUCUCGUCGUCGCCGCCCAAGGGAAGCCGUGACGCCCCUAGACAGGACAGCAUAGACCACCAGAUGGUGCCUCCGACCUCCACCCCAGCUAUUAUCGAGGCGCAGUUACAGCAGUGCGUCGAGGAGCGGUUCCAUCGCAUGCCGUUUGACGACUGGGCGUUCCUGGAGAGCACGCUCGGGAAGGGAUCGAGUGGCGGGCACGGCUACUCACCGCUCGAGGUGCACAAUCGUGUCCACUUGGGCAUGAUGCACCGAGCACAGCUUCCUCCGGUACAUGCGUCAAGCGAGAGAGAGUCCGGAGAUGCCCGUGCCAUGACCCAAACCGAGUCCGAGUCUCCUGCUCUCCCCGGUCAGGCCGGGCCAGGGAGGGAGGAGCAGCAUGAUACGGUGAAGGCGCGUGAGGAGGCGCAAAAUGAGAGGCUUAGGGAGGACCAGAGGGCCAGGGCGGAGAAGAAGGCGAGAACCCGUCAGAAGCUGCGAAGUGAGCGAGACAGGAAAAAGCAGCGUAGGCGCAAGGCUAGUCGCCGGUACCACCGCGACUUCCGAGGCUCAUGUGCUGGCAGCGAGAACAAGGAAGCAAAGGCACAAGCAGAACGGUCCCUGAGGAAGUUGAACAAGGGGGUUUUGUACAAUUCCACAGCCGAGCUCUUAUCUUAUCGUAGCUUCACCAGAAUUCAGGACGUCACCAAGCCAGCCGAGGCAUCGAUCUUCUCUCGUGUGCCUCCGUCCUUUCGAGAUCCAAACAACCACCGCCCCUCGACCCCACGCAGAUGCGCCGCAGCGCCAGUGACCGACAGGAUGGCGUCCCCAGUUGACAAAGGCGAGGAACCUUGGAACGACAAGACCAAGGAGGAGUUCAACAGCAAGAGCAAGAGCAAGUGGCUCGACCCGUGCCAGGAGGCCGCCUCCAAGAGCAUCAAGUGCCUCAAUCGGAACGGCGGCGACAGGGCCAUGUGCCAGGACUACUUCGAGGCAUAUAGGGAGUGCAAGAAGAAUUGGAUCAAUAAGCGGAAGGCUGAGGGUGGCGGCCUCUUCGGAUAG